AUGGAUUAUUCUUCAAUGAAGAAAUCAUUCAAAUCCCAUGGCUCUUACAAACAAGCAAGGAUAAUCGCAGAGGGUGGAAGUUCAGGACAAGAUUCAAGAAACCAUGAAGAGUUACCUAUUCUUUCCCAUCAACAAUCAGAUGAUCCCCAAGAAAUUUCACAGCCAUCAACCCUGGUUGGAGGAGGAGCUAACCACCCUGAGGUCAUCGUCAAGGUCGAUGCUUCCAGCGCCAACAAUGAUGUCAAUACUAUUCAUAAGACACUGAGGGAACCUAGCUUCGGUUAUAUGAAUGAGAAGAAAGAAGUGGAGGAUCAACCAUCGAAUAUUGUGGAUGACGAGAUUUCUUUAGACAUGGAUAUGGAUAUGGAAAUGGAUGAGCUAAGACGGGAAUUACGUGAUGAAAACUUGCCAUCUUUCCAAGAGUCUUCAUUGAACAGUCAACCUUCCAAGGAAAUUCGAGUUUCAUUUGAACCCUCUCUUUCUAUUAAUAGUUCAGUCGAGUCUGUUAGAAGGCGAUAUAAAGAUUUGCAGGAUGAUAAAGAUGGGUCAUUUAAUAGUACUCAUUCGCAACAGCAACAACAACAAAGAUGUGAUGAAGUGUUGAAGUGCACAUCAAAUGCAUCAUUUCGAACUCAAACUAGUAGAUUAUCAAGACUAAAAACGAAAUCAAGGCUUUUAGACCCAUCACCAGGUGAAUUGGGGAUGAUGUCAGGGAGGGUAAAAUCUGAACAAUUGAAAUCUGGGCUUUUAGUUAAGCCUGGGGAUGAUGAUGAAGACGACCCAUUGGAAUAUGAGGAUUUGCCUGAAGAGUAUAAAAGGGUUCAUUUAAGUCCACUGACUGUGCUUCAAUGGUUGAGUUUGAUUGCAAUUAUAGCUUUAUUGGCGUGUAGUCUUUCUAUAUCUACUUGGAAGGAAAGGACCUUUUUAGAGCUUAAAUUAUGGAAGUGGGAGGUUUUGUUGUUGGUUUUGAUAUGUGGGAGGUUGGUUUCCGGUUGGGGGGUUCGCAUAAUAGUAUUUUUUAUUGAGAGAAAUUUUCUUUUACGAAAAAGGGUAUUAUAUUUUGUAUAUGGCUUAAGAAAUGGAGUGCAGAAUUGUUGGUGGUUAGGGCUUGUCUUGUUGGCUUGGCAUUUUUUGUUUGAUGCCAAGGUUAGAAGGGAGACCAAAGGUGAAAUUCUGAAAUAUGUUACAAAAAUCUUAAUAUGCUUUUUGGCGGCCAAUUUCAUAUGGUUGCUUAAAACUUUGAUGGUUAAGGUUCUUGCUUCAUCUUUCCAUGUUAGUACCUAUUUUGAUAGGAUUCAGGAGUCGAUCUAUAAUCAGUUUGUAAUUGAGACAUUAUCAGGUCCACCAUUGAUUGAAAUACAAAGAAAUGAGGAGGAACAAGAGAAGACUGCUGCUGAGAUUCGUAAAUUGCAAAAUGCUGGAGUUACUGUACCUCCAGAACUUAAGGCAACUGUGUUCUCACCAUCAAAGAGUGGUAGAAUAGGUUUCAAUGGGGGACAACAGAAGAGUUUAAUGAGAUCAAAAAGGGUAGACAAAAAGGUAAAUAAUGAGAUAACUAUUGACCACUUGCACAAAUUGAAUACUAAGAAUAUUUCAGCCUGGAAUAUGAAGAGGUUGAUGAAUAUUGUAAGACAUGGUUCUCUAUCAACUUUGGAAGAGCAAAUUCUAGAUGCAAAUAAUGAUGAUGAAUAUGCAGUAGAGAUCAGAAGUGAAUAUGAGGCUAAAGCUGCUGCAAGAAAAAUUUUUAAUAAUGUGGCUUGCCGUGGAUCCAAGUACAUUUACUUGGAAGAUUUAUUGCGAUUUAUGAAAGAAGAUGAAGCUUUAAAAACAAUGAGUUUAUUUGAAGGAGCAUCUGAAACAAGUAGAAUCAAUAAAUCUUCCCUAAAGAAUUGGGUGGUGAAUGCUUUUAGAGAGAGAAGAGCACUUGCCUUGACAUUAAAUGACACAAAAACAGCAGUAAACAAGCUUCAUCAGGUGGUAAACGUAGUAGUUGGCGUUAUUAUAUUGGUUAUCUGGCUACUCAUUCUUGGAAUUGCCACAAGCAAAUUUGUUAUGUUCAUGGGAUCGCAGAUUGUGGUUGUAUCUUUCAUUUUUGGGAAUACUGCCAGGACAUUGUUUGAGUCUAUCAUCUUCCUAUUCUUCGUCCACCCAUUUGAUGUAGGUGAUUUGUGUGAAGUGGAUGGAAGACAGCUUAGAGUUGAGGAGAUGAAUAUCCUAACCACCAUCUUCCUCAGAGAUGACAAUCUUAAGGUUAUAUACCACAACAACAUUCUGGCAACUAAAGCUAUUGGCAACUUCUAUCGUAGUCCAGAUAUGGGCGAUGGAGUUGAAUUCUUCAUCCACGUAUCGACUCCUGCAGAAAAGAUUGCUCUUAUGAAACAGAGAAUAACCAGUUACAUUGAGGGUAAGAAAGAGCACUGGUAUCCCAAUCCAAUGGUUAUAUUGCUGGAACUAGCAGACUUAAAUAAGGUGAAAGUGGCAGUAUGGUGUAGGCAUAGAAUAAACCACCAAGACCAGGGGUUGAAAUUUGAAAGGAGAGCUCUAUUAUUGGAUGAAAUGGUGAAAAUAUUCAAGGAGCUUGACAUUCAAUACCGUUUAUUCCCCAUUGAUGUCAACAUUCAUAAUAUGCCUCCUUUGACCCCUUAUAGCCCUCAUUGAAGUGAUUUACUUCUUCUAUUUUCAUCAUUCUUGUGGAUUUCAAUCAUGUUCAGAGUGAGAUAAUUUCCACGUGCAAUGGCAGUGAAUUAAAUAGCUUAAUUUUCUACUGGAGUUAAAUAAGUUAGCUACCAUAGGAAAGCAUAAUC